UUUAUUGCGCUUAUUACCAGUCAUUAUGAUUAUAUCCUUUUCUUGCUAAGCCGCGUCUGAACUUUACCUAUUCAUUUUAUUGCAGAACGAAAACUUCCUACAAUAUAAAAAUUGUAGAAAAGUCAAGAUUUCAUAAUUAUUCGUUUUAUAAUGGGCGUGCGUUGAAGGUAUGUGGGGGAGAGGGGGUUAUGAAAAAUUCAGUUUUAAAUUUCAUUAUAGAGAAGUGAUGACUAAUACUUAUUUUUAAUUGCAGUAUAUGUAGUCUUGAUCAUUCACAGCCAUUAAUAUUCUGGAUCCCCGCGCAGUUACGUGUCAGUGAGAAACCAUUGAAUCUCUGGUCAAAGCACAUUUCGCAGGAUGGAAAAAUUCGUAGACUGAACGACGAUGCAUUAAAUGGCGAUAAAGUUGUCGAAAUAAUGGGACCACACGAGACACCAGUGCCCACAAAUAUAUCCUGCCCUUCAAAUCCUACAGAAGUCUUACACAUAAAACUUCCUGUGCUUGUACUAGUCGUAAAGAAUUUGGAAUUGAAGUUCAAAUUGGAGUUUCAGCUUGUAGACAAGAAAGGAUAUCGUCGAAAAUUCACACUGACUACAUACAAUCAUGAAAAAUUACCAAUUGCUGAUAUGAGUGCAGCUUGCUUAUCAUUAAAACUAGAAGAGGGUUGGAAUAACUUAGAAAUAAAUUUUCAACUAUUAUGUUCACGUACUUAUGGCGUGGAAUAUGAGGCUUUACAACGUAUUAUCAUAUAUCCAAAUUGUCGAAUUAGAAGAGUGCAUUUACAAGAUCGUCAUUAUGGACAGGAAGAGAUACCAGUCGAGUUGAUUCAAGCCUUUUUUGAUAUGUACAUGUUGAAAUGGGGUAUCCACUUAGUUGAAAGAAGUUCUCAAACUGAGGAAUCCGAAACUGGUCCUUUGCAGCCGUGCGAUUUGGUAUAUUUUACAACUGACAGUACAACCUCAGUUUUAAUGACAGCUUCGAGUCCAGUUGCAUUUAAUGAUACUAAUAAGCGAUUAAUUGAAAGACCUGUUAAUAAAAAUAGGAAUAUUGUUUCUAAUUUGACGAACGAAGGAACUGUUGUCUUUAAAAAGAAUUCCAAAUCCGUUAACGAACUAUGGAAAGAAGUCAAGAUAGCAAGUAACGUUGAAUUGGGUAGAAUGCAGAGUAAUGUUAGGACUAGCAUUACAAAUUAUUCUGUGAAUAUACCAAUAGAAAAAAAGGAAGUAACAAAUUCGAGGGGACAGAAAGAAAUGAUGGGGAAAAACGGACAAGUGCAAACAAGUGGAACGAAUAUGAAAUAUAAAAAUUUAAACGAACACGACUCAUUGAUAAAAUCAUUUCCGUAUAUUGAGAAAAGCGAAUAUCUUAAAAUACAAAUAUGUAAGAAUUUUGGUAAUGAACCAUCCAAAGAUAGAGGACUAAUAUUUCAGGAAUUGCCUACCAAUUAUACCUCUGUUGAUAAUUCCAUUGAUAAAAAUAUAUCAAAAAAUGUUGCCCAUAUGAAAUCAAAAGCUAUUACAAAAGUACUAAAACCACACACCAGUCUAAAGAAUUUUAGUUCCAAUUUUGCAAUGCAAAAAAAUAAGUGCCUCGCAAUUUCCAAGCAAAAUGUAGAAUCGUACGAACAACCAAAUAUUGACUCAGUAUUGAAUAAAUCAAAAAUUAAGGAAAGUCGCAGUCGUUUAAAGACAGAAAACGUCAAAACCAUAAAGAAUAUUAUAGGCGAAGUACAAAGAAUCCGAGAGGAACUGAAUCAUCAAGAACGAAAUAUACAGAAAUUGAAUAUUAAAUCCCAAAAUGAAUUAAGUGAGUUAUCACAAAAUGUACCAGAUAUUGUUGAAGUUCAGUCAAAAUCCUCAGAUGGGAAACCAAAAGAGACAGUAUUGGCUACUGAUCAAGCUGUAGGCAAUUUUUUGGAAUUGCGCCAUAAGAUAAACAAGAAACUCUUAGAAAAAUUGCACAAUAAAGGUUUAACAAUGACUGAAAUUGAACUAUCAAUUUAUAACUCAAAAAAUCGUCGGAACUCUUAUGGACAAGGGAAGUUAAUUAAGAGCCAUAAAGGUUGUAUUAGUAAAGGCACUGGUCUCAGUAGAAUCAAAGCUUUAGAAGUUGAUAUGUCACUGAAACGUGAACAGUUGGUCUUAAAUGAUAAAAUGUGUAUGGAAUUAAGAAAUGAAUUAGAUACUACAUUAUUGGAAUUAAAUUCGACUCAUGUUCGAAUAACUCCUGAUAUGGUGGAAGAUACGGUUGGAAAGAUUAUUAAUAGUACUUCAAGAAUAUCAAAUGCUCCAAAUUUUCCUGUGUCUGAGAUUGAAUUAUUCAAGGAAAAAAUGUUAUAUGCUGAUGAAAGGAAUACAUGUGAUGAAAAUAUGAUACAGAAUUGUUCAUCUUUAAAAGAGGACAAGAUCGGUUGUGAUAUUAUCGAAGGUACGGAAAAAUAUAACGAAGUUGACGCUGUAAAUGUGUUAUUUCAACGACAAUCGUGCUUAAAUAAACAUGAAUUUGGAGCUGUUCGAUGAACAUAUAUCUUAAGAGAAAGAACUAUUUGCAUAACAAAUUCAAAAUUAAGUAACAUAAGGAAAAAUGUUGUAUUGAACAUUAUACACCAUUUUUUAUUGUGCGUAUUGAAUAAAGUGAAACAAGCAAAGAAA